AUGCAUCCAAAUAAGGUUGGUGGAGCCCCGAUUAGUCGAAUCCCCGCACUCUCUCCGGGGUAUGAGGUCACGAGUCACAAGAUGACUCGCUCUCACAAAUUGACCGAUCGUGAUCAUACGGCUGAGGGCCUGACAGGUCCUCGUGAGAAUCUCCCACGGUACUUUGGAAAGUCCGGCCCAACUGAUGCUGAUCCUCGCAAGACAAAGAAGGACGGGGGUGGCAAAGGCAAUUGGGGUCGAUCGGGAGAGGAAAUGCAAGACACUGAAUACUCGUUUGCCAAUGCUCGACGUCGAUCCAACAGCAGCACCCAGGGUCUAGCUGACUUCAACACCAAGUUCGAGGCCAUUGACCCAGAGCCUGUCUUCGAAGAGGAGGAUCAGGGAGACUCUGAUAUGACCGCGAAUGGCAGGACGAUGAGCAAAGUCGACAGUGUCAGCAGCAACAAUGGCAGCGAGGCUGACCACGAUAGUGUGAAGUAUUAG